AAAUAUUACAAAAAUACUUGUACUUUUGCUAAUAAAAUGUAAAAUUAUGUUUUGGGAAUAGCCAUAUCAAAUGUGAUUAGAUAGUCACAAUUUUUACCUUGUAUUCCAGCUGACAAGGAACUCCUAAGCUCCCAGUUUCUGUUUAAUUUGCUUUACUUACAUUACUUUCAUUCUGUGUGGUUUUUUUUUUUUUUUAGAAACAUUUUAGGCCAUUUUUGAGGGUGAGAUUAGUUAAAACUAGAAAACAAAAUCUCCAAAUCUAUUUCUCUAGGCACCAGUAAACUGAAAGAUAUCCAGUUAUGCUAGACUUUAAGAAAUCCACUCUUUUCUCAAGGUAUCUAUAUGCGGUAACAUUUGACAUCUGGACCAAGUGAAAAAUGCCGAUUUAGAUAGUAAUAAUAUGUAAUUAUAGUGUCACUUUUGUUUUAACUAUUAGCCACUAAGAGCUUACAACCGUUUUCAGUGUUAGCAGCCUAGGAAGAAAAAUACUCUUUUAUCUUGUUUUCUGUUUAUUGUAUUGUCUACUACCUCUCAGGUUUUAUAGGAGGGUAUUCAUAGCUGUUGCACCUGUGACUUUGGUUGUUCCUACUAGGUUAUCUGCCUGGUUUCAACCAAUUACCUGUCUAUCUCUGGGCUUGAAUCUGGAGGUUUAUCUGUAUCUUCAAUGUGUAGUAGGUCCUGGUACUGAGUUAGUUGUUCUCUUUCAAUGAACAGAAAAGUGGACUAUGAAAAUCCCUUAGAUUGACUUUUAUGUGUUCAUAUUUUCUGUCGUCCCAUGAGCACAUUUUCUCAUAAUGUAACACAAAGUACAGCCUCUUAUUUCUACAAAGGUAAAGAUUUUCACAGUAUUUGAUUUAGCUUUCUAAUCUAACCCACCUGCUUUUUCUUUUCUUCAUCUAUCAGAAAAUUACAUACACACACACACACACACACACACGCACACACGAUACUCAACAAACUGAAAAGCUCCAGUGAUUCCACUUGUUUUAUUAAAAUAUGCACUCACUAGCUGCCUUUCCAUAUAUGACAGGCACGCACCACAGCUCCCACUUACCCAGGCCUACGAAUUGCUAAGCCUGUGCUAUGGUCUGACUGUAUCCCCCAAAAUUCAUACGUCGAGACUUACUGAUAGUAUUAGAAGUUGGUGCCUUCACUCAUGGGACAGAGCCCUCAUGAAUAGUAUUAGUGCCCUUAUAAAAGAGAUGUGAGGGAGCUAUUUGCCUCUCUGCCAUGUGAGAAUGCAAUGUUCCUCCCAUUUCGCCCUAUUUCUGCCAUGUGAGGAUGCAACAAGAAAACCCUCACCAGACACCAAAAGCUGGUGCCUUGAUCUUGAACUUCCCAGCCUUCAGAACGGUAAGAAAUAAAUUUCUGUUGUUUAUAGAUUACCCUGUCUUAGAUAUUUUUAAAGGAGCACAAAUGAAUAAGACAACCUGUCUUUUCCAUUAUACGUGCAGUGUUUCUCUAUUUCACUGGGAUGUUAUUUAUACACAGUUGCAUAUUUCUUCAUUUUAAAUUCUCACACUUAUAACAUUUUAAAUACCAAAUACAUAAUUAAAACUGCUUCUGUUGUCUCUAUUAACAUGAUAAAUAUGCGUAUGCAUAAUAUAUACACACAUAGGUAUAGAUGCAUAACAUAUAGUUGUAUACAUAACUGCAUUUCUCAAGUGCAUGAAUGUCUAGAUGGAGAGAUUAAAGAGAAUGAAGUGGGAAACAACAUAAGUCAAGCUAGAGAUGGCUUAAUUUUGCGCCAUUCGCACCUCUGCACAAUCUCAACAUUUUGACCACCAUCUCCAGGUCUCAGGAGAGACCUGGCUAUAUAAAAUAUAUCCAGGAGAGACCUGGAGAGACCCAGAUAUAUAAAAUAUUUACCUCAUUGAGAAUUAUAUAUAAGGGUUAACUUCUUAGUCUGUCCCUCUCCCUUUUUAGAAUUUUUCUUUUUCCAAAUUAUAGAUAUAUUUUGAGCCUACUGAUAAUUACAUUCAUAUUUCUGUUUCCCGUGGCAUUUAUCAAGCAUUGCACCCAUUUUGUUCUCCUCUGCUAUUUGCUGUGACUCUUCUCCUUGUCUGGUUGUGGCUCCUGACUGCACUGGCAGGAAUAUGCACAGCUUUAGCUAAUUAAUUGCUUCUGCAGAGCAGUAAAGUAUACUUACCUAGAGUGCACUUGCAGCAGGCACUAUAGAGUUAUUAGAAAAGAGUUAUGGAUCUUGAUUCAUAGCUCAUAUAUGCAUAUGCACAUCAGAAUUAGAAUUUAGUCUUUAUAAAUAGUAUGCUAAUGACCUCUCAGCAAUAAAUGGGUCCUGAGACCAUUAUAAAUUUGAGAACUAGAAAAGGCAGGGCUUAAUUGUAAAAAUAAAAUUGUAACAUAUGAUUUAGCCAUAUGUGUUUAUAUGUAAAAAGCUUGUUAUUUAGAAGAGGCUUCCUUUUGCUUCUGUAACCACUCUAAUAAACAGGAAUGCAUAUGAUCCUUUUAGUGCAGAGCAUAUUCUCAGGAUACUGUCUCAAAACACAUUGAUGCAAUUUGAAAGUAUAUUUCAAUUUGCUGCAUUUGUGUGUGUGUGUCUGUGUGUGUGUGUGUGUGUGUGUGUGUGAAAAGCAGCAGAUACUCAAACUCCCAGAUUGAGACUAUCUUUAAUGCAGUAUGUUUUUAUUCGUCAAUCUAACGCAGCUUUCUUAGGCCAGAAGAGAAUAUCCUCUCUUUGGCUGACGUGUGAAAUGUGACAGAGGCAUCUUGUAAUGGACAUUUUCCAAAAGCAUCACAUGGUUUGUGUGCUGGAGAGGCAAAUAUUUGACUUCCUUGGAUAUCAGUGGGCACCUAUCCUGGCAAAUUUUGUACAUAUUAUUAUCGUCAUUCUUGGUUUGUUUGGAACUAUUCAAUAUAGACCUCGUUACAUAACAGGAUAUGCUGUCUGGCUAGUCCUCUGGGUUACGUGGAAUGUGUUUGUUAUCUGCUUCUAUUUGGAGGCUGGGGACCUCUCAAAGGAAACAGACCUUAUCCUGACUUUUAAUAUAUCAAUGCACCGAUCUUGGUGGAUGGAGAAUGGACCAGGAUGUACGGUGACGUCAGUGACACCCGCCCCAGACUGGGCCCCAGAAGACCAUCGCUACAUCACGGUCUCAGGGUGUUUGCUGGAGUACCAGUACAUAGAAGUGGCUCAUAGUUCCCUCCAGAUUGUCCUCGCACUGGCAGGUUUCAUCUACGCCUGUUAUGUUGUGAAAUGUAUAACUGAAGAAGAGGACAGCUUUGAUUUCAUAGGUGGCUUUGACUCUUAUGGCUAUCAAGGGCCUCAGAAGACAUCUCAUUUACAACUACAGCCUAUGUACAUGCAAAUUCCCUUGGAUAACAACUGAUAACAAAUUCUAUAUAUCAGCAUCAAGUGAUAUGCUGAAUUGCAAGCGAAGAUCAAAAUAGAAAGUCAAAAUAAUACAGAUGACUUCAGUAUGUCAGCCCACGAACCUUUCAAAGAACUUUUUUCGCAGUGGCCUCCUGCAUUUUAUGAAGAGCAAGAAGCAACCGAGUUUAAAUACAUAUACGUAUUAACAAAACAAAUGCAAAGCCUCUACAUACAACACUGACACACACACACGCACACACACACACACGCACACACACACACACGUGAGCACGCACACACCAAUUCCACUUGACCUCCUCUUUCUAACUGAAACAGACAAAUAUGCAGGACACGCCCAUCUUGGAUUUCCUGAAAGCAGGCUCCUUUCUCCCAGGCCUUUGGAAAGUUCAAAAGGAGAUGUGUUGAUGCCCAACGGUUGCUGGCCAUUGCUAACUCCUCUGCAGCCCAGCCGGUCGGCCUCUGUGAGCUGGGAAGUCAUCCAAGGCACAUUAGUUUGAGAGCUCUGUCUUCUGCACUCCACACAUCUUGACAGCACCACGGCUACUUAGGCAAUGUAAUUGCAAAAACAAACAAAACAUGUCAUGAUGACCUUGUACCCGAAGUCCGAAAUGGCAGAUUGUUUGCCCUAAAGGCUGUACCGUACAUACUUGCCUUAACCCACCUAUGUUGUGUGCCCAAGAAUCUCAGUGCAGACAGCCCCAAGUCACUUCCUUUAGGCUAACACACUGCUAUUAAUUCUGAAUGAGUUCAAGCCUGUGUGUUUCAUGUCAAGGAACAAGACUGAAUAGCUCAGCAGCUCCAGUGUGUCUGUAUAAGAAAAGUGCCAGCUGUCAGCAAAGUGCUUUACCAUAGAGCCUCCAUGGUGGCCCAAAAGAGACAAGUAACAAUAACAAUAUUUGUCAUCUUUGUAAUUCUAAAAUAUGGUCUUCUGAUGGGGUUGGGGAUGGGACAGAGUAAAACAUUAAUCUACUAAACUCACUAAUCUACUGGAAGCAGAAAGCAGAAAUGGCUUAACUCGCUGAUUUUAUUUAUUGCACUCUAGGUGCUUUUAUAAGUAUCUACAAUUGUCUUUUACUAACACAGAAACAGCUGUGGAUUUCUAUCAACAGAGGCCAACUGAAUAUGUAUUAGCUAUGUUUACUCUUUUAUAUCUAAUUCAAAUUGAAGACUCUACGUAGGUGAACUUUUUUUUCUAACUUCAGCGUACAAGAUUAUUUUUGGGUGGGUGGGGGGAGCAAUAGUUACCUUGGUGAAAUAUUUGAGAUCUUUUUGUGGUAUUUGGGGGAUCUGUUGUGUGUUAGAGUGUAUUUCAAUCCUCCUGUAUUAUUGUGGCAGAAAAAAACUGUGCUGUUAACGUAGUUGGCAACAAGAUGCCUUUGGAAACUUAAUAGUAGGUCAAUGUGUUUAUGGAAUACUCUGAACUCCUAGGAAAUUUUGUUCUAUAUUUUAAAGCAUUAUUUGGUUUUCAUUAGUGGAAAACAUAAUUAGCUCAGGCUUAUCAGGAACUCAGAUGAGUCGUAUCUUUUCUUGGAUACACCUGAGACAUUAAACUCAAUUUUUUGAAACUAACACACCAUUCUUUAGUGCAGUGAAAUUCAGAAGUUAUAAAUUGGCAUGGAGCAAGUUUUUUCUUUGAUUUCUAUGAAGUUUCAGUUAUUGGAUUAAACUACUUUGGACCUUAGCCCAUUCAGAUCUACAUACACCAGUUCCAUUACUGUGUUUGCAUGGAUGUCUGUAAUAUAAACACACAGAAACAUUUGAAAAUGAUAGAGGAACAAAGAGUUAUCAUUGGAACAUAAACUAUAAAAAAAGAUUCCAGCACUCAUGCUUGAAUUUCCUCAGUGGGUUGUAUGUUUGUCCAUACAUACAUGUAUAAAAUAAACAAUUGCGAACAUGUCAGUGAAACCUCAUAAGACGCUUUUAUAGUGACAUGCAUGUUUAAUGUAUGAGAAAAAUAUUUACCAAUGUAUUGUCCUUUGAUUCCUAAAAUAUAAAUACUAUACAUGCCACAGACUAUUCUAAUGUGACUUUUAAUGUGACUAUUAAAAUGAGGUUUCACUGUACGUUCAUGCUGUGGUGACAUUUCACCUUAUACUACAUGUAUAUGGCUACAGAAAAUAAGCCCUCAUAUUCCUGCUUUCAGUUACAGCCAAGUUUUCACCAAAUCAUGACUAUCAUCACCACCAAAAUUUUAAAAAACAGUAGUUGACUACUAAAAAGUAAUAGGUGGACAGGUCUUUUAUGGGAGUAGUAAGCACAGUAGUGUGAUUAUAUCUGGGAAAACAUCUACAGUUGUACAGCUGUAUCCUCCUCAAAAUCCGGUGAAGAAUGCUAUUUUUCUAGGCUGAGCUUUUGUUAUAAACCUAAUAUUCAGAAGGCAAGAGUUAUGAUCCUGAUGUGUCCUUUUUUUUGCAUUUGUUAAUUCUGAAUGUAUUUUUAACAGAGUGAUUUUUUUGACUUACUCGUGUAAUUUGCAUUUUAAAAAUAAAUGGAAAAAUGCUUAA